AUGCUUGACCAACGUCCCAGCCACCACCAAAUCGGAAGCCGAGGCCCUAAAUGGUUAGCUACCUCCGUCACUCCCUGCAUCUUCCUCCGGCGCACGGGCGCCAAAAGCAGACCAGUCGGACAAAUCGACGUCGUGACAGCCCUUUUGCGGGCCACAAAGCAGACAGACAAUGAUGCGGCUCACCUGGUUGGCGGCUGUCGCAAUGCCGGCGGGGAUGUUUCAGCGCCCUGGAAUGGGAAGUCGGACCCCUCCGCGCCAGAGGGUGAACUCCAUCGACUCGAGGCGGGACGGAGACCGAAAUCUGCAACCAAGAUUGGACACGCGUUGCUCGAAGAGGACGAGGGAUGCUCGAGAGCGGGGCAGGACACGCCAAACACCGUGCCAUCUCUAGAUCGCAACGAGGAGGUACUGUCUACGAUUCACCUGACCGUGGCCCUGGCGGAACCCUCCAAACCUACUCUGCCCGAGGUAACAAUCGCCAUUGUUGGAGAGGACGAUGCUGGCAAGACGAGCUUUAUCAAGUCUGCAUUGGACUUGAAAGGUGCCCCGUCGCCGCUCACGACUAAGAAGAAGAUGUCCCUGGAUGGAUUGGUUUAUAUCGUGCGCUUGCUGGAGAUUGACCUCAAGCGCGUCACCUUUGACCAGGACUUGAACAUUGUAUGGCCCGGAUCGACCAAACGUUCAACCGCCCCCAGGAUCGACGGUGUGCUGCUCUUACACGAUGCGACCCAUCCCGAGAAGCUAGAGAGAACCAUUGAGCUUGCAGAUGAUACCACCGUACCCUGUGUGUUGGUCGCCUGCAAAUGUGACCAGCUUCCCGACUCCGACGAGGGCGAGCAAGGUCCCAUUCAUGAGCGACACAAGAUUUAUCGGACCUCUCCCAGCUCGCCACGCUCUCAGCAAAUGUGCAUUGCUCUGGUCUUGCGAUCCAUUAUCAGUAACCGAGCAGUCACCCCGGAGCAGACCUCACGUCUCCCUCACCCUCCGCCAGCGCAAAGUUCACCUCCCCCUCCCCCGCUGAGGACCACCACCAAAUCAUUUCAGCCUGCUCCUCUCUCGGCCGAUCACCGUCAUUCGCGCGCAAACUCAGAGACUCCCACUACCGUGCUUUCUGCAGCCGCUGGCGGCGCAGCUACAUCGGCUUCGGAUCGAACAGUCGAUGGCAACGGCGCACAGCGUCUGCCCACCGACAAGAUCCACCCGUCCGAUCUGGCGCAACAGCAUGCUCCCGGGCUACCUCGAAAUGCCAGGAGUAAUUCCCACCCAGUCCGACCGCAAACUCCGCCAACCGGCGCGCGGCUGAACCCCCGCCGACCGUCUGCCCAGGGAGAUAUUUCCCCGACCCGUGACCACAUCCACCGGCGACUGCAGCCCGCUUGGCGACAUAGCGGGGGCUCAGACGCCUUCAGCAGUUUUUUGAAUAUGGAGGACGAGAUGGACGGCGGGGCGCCGCCCGCCAGCCCCAACGCCAGCCUGCGCCCGAAGCCCUCCAGCGAGAGCAAUUCGAGUGCAGAGAUGGGAGUCACGUUUGAUGACCUUGUCGAUCGAUUGGUGGCACUCCCCAUGUCAAAGCAAGAUUCGAAAUUCAGUGCCAUUUUCCUCUGUCUCUAUCGCAAAUUUGCCGCUCCGGCCACUCUGCUCAACGCGUUGAUCGGGCGAUUCGACAAGAACGAAUCAAGCAAUGUCGAUCAGCUCGCCCGUAUGGCAGACCAGCAGCGUCUGUUGAAUGUCAUUGCUUCCUGGGCAUCUGAAUACCCAGGCGAUUUUGCGCAUCCCAAAACCAAAAAGCGCAUCAGUGACUUCGUGGCCACUCUGGAGAAAAGUCAUUUCUACAUGUUCGCGGCCAAAGAGAUUGGAUCCUGUCUCGACUCCAAUGCCGAGGACGACGACCUCGGUUGGGCGUUCAGCGACGGCGAUGUCUCUGAGACCGCGCCCACGGAGACCUUUUUUGAUAACUCUGGCCGGAGUUCUCCGCUCCCCUUCACGACCGAAACCUUUGAGGACGAGGAAGGAAAUGACGUGGAAGAAGACCCCAUCUACAGCACCAUGCAUGCGAUGGAUCUGAGCGAGGGCCCGCAUGACUCGACCUCGCGCUUCUCCGGCACACUUUCCAUCUCCUCAAAUAACGACAAACCUUCGACUACCAUGAGUCAAUCAUUUACUCUCCUCACCAUCGAAGCUGCUCAAAAGGAAGCUCUCCGGCUCGAGUUGACCGGCCGCACUUCGUUGAGCAAGAUUCAAUGGCGAUACUUCAUGGACACCUCCGAUGAGGAAUUCGCCCGAGAAUUGACUCGGAUGGAUUGGAUCAUGUACAAUUCGUUCCGGCCUCGGGAUCUUGUGCGCCAUGUCAGCAUCUCUGGCGUGGACAAGGACAAGAUCAAGAGUCUGCAAAAUGUCAACCGCAUGGUCAAGCAGUUUAAUCACGUGGCUUAUUUUGUGGCGAGCAUGAUUCUCCUCCGCGACAAACCCAAGCAUCGAGCCCGGUGCCUGGAGAAGUUCAUGAGCAUUGCCGUGAAACUUCGUCGUCAAAAUAAUUAUAAUGCUCUUGGUGCCGUCAUUGCGGCCAUCAAUGGCACGCCGGUCCAUCGCCUGACCCAAACGAGGGAGUUGAUUCCCGUAGCCUGUCAAAAGGAGUUUAUGCGACUGGUGAUCCUCAUGAGUACCUCGCGCAGUCACUCCGCCUAUCGGCUUGCGUGGGACAAUUCGUUUUCCGAGCGAAUCCCUUUCCUCCCUCUGCAUCGUCGCGACCUGGUGUCUGCAGAAGAGGGCAACAAGACUUUUAUAGGUGAAAACAAAUCCCGAAUCAACUGGAAGAAGUUUGAAGUGAUGGGGGAAGUAGUCAUUGGCAUCCAGCGCAGCCAGAAGUGUCCGCAUCCCCAGGCCCAGAGGUACGACGACAUUGAGCGGCUGAUCCUCGACUGUAAAUUAUCCGGUGAUGAGGAGGACCUCUAUGCACGCAGCUUGCACUUAGAGCCGGCGUCUGGCGGAGAAGUUAGCCGCAAGAAGUUUGCCUGGCUGCCGCGAGCCGUAUACCGCGCCCUCCUGCGCGAACUCCCUCGCUCCAGGGCCUCCGCCCCAUCACCGCUCCACCGCCGCCUGCGCGCCGUGUUCCGCGCCGAGGGACAAGCUCCCUCUACGCCCUCGGCGCCCACCCCUUCACAUAUCUCCACCGUCGCCUCUACAACACCGCCUGCGCCCUUUUCGCUCCCAUCCACGGCUGAAGAGCAGGCUCUUCGUAUUCAGGAGGCGGAGCAAUUUGCGCAAUAUGCCCGGGCCCAACGGAUGUAUGUGGAGUUGUUGGAGCGGUAUAACCCCGGCAUGAAUUUGGAGGAGGAGGAGCGUAUUCGAUUGACGGCGCGAAGGGUCGGGUUCGAUUUGCCUGAACUGCAUGAUCCGGCGGCGGUGGAGAAGGAGCAGAAGGAGUGA